UCUUGGGGCAGUUGGCCUCCUCCUUUUCUUGUUUCUGUUUAUGAUUUAGAGUUUAAGCCUCUCUCGCGAUAUUGCGAAGAAUACUGUUUUUCUCUUCAAAUCUUCUUGAAACAGGGUUAGAUUAACGAUUCCCUUCUGAGCAGUCUCGGUCUAGGGCCGAGCAGGAAAGAAUAUUACUAGGAGAAAGUGAAAUGGAAGUUCUGCGCCCACAGAUUAUAACAAUUGAUGGAAGGAAUUACAGGAAGAAUCCUAUCCAAGAAAAGAUUUACCAACAUGAGGAAGAUGAGGAGGAUUUCUAUCAAGACUCCAUGGAGGGUGCUGAUGAGCCCUGUGAUGCCUACGAGGUGGAGCAGACCGCGCAGGGGUUCAGAGCGACUGUGAGCGCCCCCAGCGUGCUCUACAAGCAUAUAGUUGGAAAGAGAGGGGAUACUAAGAAGAAAAUAGAAAUGGAGACCAAAACUUCUAUUACCAUUCCUAAACCUGGACUAGACGGAGAAAUUGUCAUCGCUGGUCAGCAUCGAAAUGGUGUCAUUUCAGCCCGAACUCGGAUUGAUGUUCUCUUGGACACUUUUAGAAGAAAGCAGCCCUUCACUCACUUCCUUGCUUUUUUCCUCAAUGAAGCUGAGGUUCAGGAAGGAUUCCUGAAAUUCCAGGAGAAGGUCCUAGAGAAGUGCUCCAAGGAUCGUGGAGUUGACAGCUCCGUUUUCCAAAAUUCCAAAAAGCUUCACCUCACGAUUGGGAUGUUGGUGCUUCUAAGUGAGCAAGAGAUCCAGCAGACUCGAGAGAUGCUCCAGCGGUGUAAGGAGGAAUUCAUUAAUGACAUUGCAGGGGGCAAACCCCUGGAAGUGGAGAUGGCAGGGAUAGAAUACAUGAACGAUGACCCUGGAAUGGUGGAUGUGCUUUACGCCAAAGUCCAUAUGAAAGAUGGCUCCAACAGGCUGCAGGAAUUGGUGGAUCGAGUACUGGAACGCUUUCAGGCAUCUGGACUAAUAGUGAAAGAAUGGAGUAGUGUGAAACUCCAUGCUACAGUCAUGAACACACUAUUUAGGAAAGACCCCAAUGCUGAAGGCAGGUACAAUCUCUACACAGCAGAUGGCAAAUAUAUCUUCAAGGAAAGAGAAUCAUUUGAUGGCCGAAAUAUUUUAAAGUUGUUUGAGAACUUCCACUUUGGUUCUUUGAAGCUCAAUUCCAUUCACAUCUCUCAGAGGUUCACCGUGGACAGCUUUGGGAACUAUGCAUCCUGCGGGCAGAUUGACUUCUCCUGAGGUGGACCUUGAGGAGCCCUGGAUGCUGAACACCCUCACCAGGGUGGCUGUAAAGAAACAAUGACAUGCACAGGACCAUACAGAGAGUUCUGGAAGAAUGUAAGCCCCGCAGCCCUCAGUCCAGCUCCAGCGCCUCCUCCUGCCUCCUGCUCCUCUUCAUCCACAUCCUCUCCCUUCUCUUUCCUCCAUGCCUUAUUCUUACCUUGAUUCUUCCUAUGUGUUCUUGACUUCUUCCCCGAACCUGUGUGAAGGUUGCUGAGUUGCAAGGAUGUGUCCAGCGUUCAGUGAGGCCGCACAAAUCACUUGUGAAUAAAUGCAUUUCCACAGCAGCCGUGCUUACUGCUAGUAGUGUCACAUAGUUUAGUCUGUGUGUGGCACACAGUGUCACCACCAUCUCUGCACCACUCAUGUGGGAUUUAUGUGUUGGUGUUUUCAGGGUCAGUUUCUCUCCAGAGACCUCUACUUUCUCUUGGUGGAAUCCUGUUGUAAUUUGAGAUUUCACGGUACCAUGUUGUUCAUUUGUGACGUCACCUCACCUCAGCUGGUUUGACAGCAUCUGGGACCAAGUGCAUUCUGGGAUGCCCGAGUCCUGACCCGACCUGGCAUUCAGUGCUCCAUGUUAUACAGCGCUGCCUGUCUUCCGUGUCAUCUCACGGGCCAGUGGGCAGCUGGGGCCGGGGUAAAGAUAUCUUCUUCGGCGUCUCAGAGAUUUAUGACUUAGGUUUGCAGGACAUUUUGUUUUUGGAAAAUCAACAUUAUAUAUCAAAUACUAAAUUCUUUUGUUUCUUUUUUUUGGUACUGGGGAUCAAACUCAGGUCCUUGCGCUUGCGCAGCAGGCGGCGAAACCACUGAGCUAAAUCCCCAGCCCACAAAUACUAAAUUCUUAAUAGCACUAGAAAUUCUGUUAUUUAGAAUCCAGAGGCGACUAUUUCCUAUGCACAUAAGCAGGUGUUUCAUAGUAACUUUUCCCAAGUUAUUGCCUUUUUACUUGUUCUCUCACAGGUGUACAGUGUCAUCCCUAGAGGCUCUGUGACAUGGUGACACCCUCACUCUGGUGGUUAAUGCCAUGAAUGCAUGUAUAUCCUUGUAUCUGCUAGGAUGUUGUAUGUUGGUAGAUAUCGGUAGGAUUGGAAAAAAAUUUUCAUCUUUUAAAUUUUCCUUCUGAAAGUGUGUAGACAAAUCUUUUUGUUUGUUUGUUUGUUUGGUACCAGGGAUGGAACUCGGGUCCUUGUGCUUGCAGGGCAGGUGGUGGCACCACUGAGCUAAAUUCCCGGCCCAUGUGUAGACAAACCUUGAGGGCAGUGUAGCCCUAAAGAAAAUGCAGGGAGCAACAGGUUCUUUUGAUGUUGAACUUUUAUGAAAAAUCAACAAUGGUAGGAAGCAGGUACCUUUUGGUCCACCAAAAAUAAGUUUUGCAGAUUCAGGGUCCUGCUUCUGAGUGUAUGGAGCCCAGGGUUUCAUCCCUUCACCAAAAAAACAAGAAAAAACGAUUCAAGAUCUUUUUACCAAAUAGUAAUGGGGUAAAUAUUUGCUACUGUAUUUUUAACUAUAUCUUGCUUAAUGUUACCACUUUGCAAUUCAUUCUACACUGAAAUAGUUCAUUGUACUUUAAAGUUGCUCCAGCCAGCUUCUCAGGCACUGACUUCGCCCUCAAUUGCAUUAAGAAGAGAGGGGGAGGGAUGGGGAUUUAGCUCAGUGGUUCCACCGCCUGCCUCCCAAGCACAAGGUCCCAGGUUAGAUCCCUGGUACCAAAAAAAAAGAAGAGAGGGGUAAGCCAGACAUGGUGGCUCAUGCCUAUGAUCCUAGCACUUGGGAGGCUGAGGCAGGGGGAUUUCAGCAAGUUCAAAGCCAGCCUGGGGUACAUAGUGAGUUCAAGGCCAGCCUGGAUUACAUAGCUAAAAACAAAAGAAGAAGGGGGGGCACCACUAUUGUUUUGCAGAAUCUUUGUUGCUAAUACAAGGAACUUUGUGAUGAAAAAUAAUUUUUUUUUUUCUGGAGGGUGCACAGUGCACUCCAUGCUCAUAGUGGCUGCAGUAUAAAUGUUACUCAGAAUGAUUAUGUUUUAAUUUGGCCCCUGGGUUUCUUGAACUGGGUAUGGAGUGGAAGCCAGUAUUGUAACAAUGCCAGCUCUCACCCUGUGAUUGUGCUCCAUGCUCUUCCUGGAGCCGAGGGAAACCCGGUGGCAGCAGAGGUGCAGUCAGCAGAGCUCCUCAGUGUGGCUCCUCCUGCACUACAGGAACAUCAUGUUGCAGCCCGUGGUGCUGGGGUGUGGAAAAUGGUGCUGUUGAGUCUUAACACCUUUCUCUUUUCUUUGAACUUUCUUUUUUUUGAGACAGGGUCUCACUAUGUAGUUCAGGCUGGCUUACUCAUUGUGUAGCCCAAGCUGGCCUCGAGCUCAUGGUGAUUCUCCUAUCAGCCUCCUGAGUCCUGGAUUACAGGUGUGUGCACCAACAUGCUUUGCUUCUCUUCUCUUCUCUUCUCUUCUCUUCUCUUCUCUUCUCUUCUCUUCUCUUCUCUUCUCUUCACACGGAAAAUGACUUUAUUCAAAAAGCCAGCUGCUCAACAAGAUGGAGGACUCAUGUCCAAAGUCCAUCUUACAGGUGGCGUGGUGGUGCAUGCCUGUCAUCCCAGCACUCGGGAGGCUGAGUCAGGAGGAUUGCUCCUAGUUUUAGGCCAGCCUGAGCUACAUAGUGAGUUCAAGGCUAGCCUGAACUACAUAGCAAGACCCUGUGUCAAAAACAAAACAAACAAGCAAAGUCUAUCUUGCUGGGAAGCUGAUUUAGGCAUGGUUUGUAUAGGUGUUGAUGGGUCAUCCCAAAACAGCCGGCUUCUUCUCAUGCAGGUGUUGUGUACUUUCUCACAGCAGGUGGGCCAGAUGUUCUCCAUCUGAUCUAAGGCUUCUCACCAAAUGCUUUUCAGUUUGGGCUUUGGGUUGCUUGCCUCUCCUGCUGGAGUUGGAUUCCACAUUCUUCUCACCUUGAACAAAGAAUUGAAUGAAAUGAACAGAAAAGGACAAAGUUUAUUUGAAAAGUAAAAAUGACGAUUGAGGAAGAAACUGGCUCUGCAGAGUGAUCUUGGGCCCAAAAGAAGAGAAAAAGUAAGAUAAAAAGUCCUCCCCGGAGGACACAGGAUGAGCUAUCAUGAAGAGAACCAUGAGAGCCUUCUUUCUUUUUCUGUAAAAAAAAGUUUAAAGAUAAAAUAAAUUCACUCUGUGAAAAACCAUCAA